GUAGUGGCCUGGUUAAAGACCUUAUCAGGUCUGUGUGCCAGUUUCCGGGAUCAGUAUGUGGAUGUGGAUGUGGAUGUGGAUGAGCAUAAGGCGCCGAAGGAAAGCCAAGCUUCAAGAACAAGAAGAAGCAAGAAAAUAUUAAAGUAUUUUCUUAUUCUGUGAAAACUGAGAGUUCUUAGUAUUCAGAACCGAUAUAAAUAAAAUCUGUCAUCAAUUAAAUUUUCAUUUAAUUCUAGAAUGUUAACAACUUAUUCGGUUUUUUUCCAUUCAAAAGAAAUGCAUAAGAUUAAAAAAUUGUGUGUGAGAUAAAUGCAAGAAAUCAUUAUGACUGAUUAAGUUCUUGCAAUUCCAUGCAGGAACCUAGAACUGGAGGGAUUCUUAUGCAUGUGACAUUCAUCACAAAUGCUUCAUGAACAGUUGGAAUAGAUUUAUACUUGAACUCAGCGGAAAUUUUACACAUGUAAUAUAUGCAAUGGUGGAUUUUCAUAAGAAUCUUUUUUAAAGGAACAUUUGUUUAUCUAUAUGAAAAACAGAUCUUGUGUUUGUGCUAUAUGUAACAAACUUGCCUCACAAAAGCUGUUUACAGUUGUAUGUUCAUGUCAGGACAGGGAAAAAACUUCAUGUAUGCCAUAUGUGUAGUACAUAUUUGUAUACAAGACAAAUUUAACAUUGCAUAUGUAUAGCUAUGCAAUGGAGAAACAUCAUGUAUGUGAACUGUGUAACAAAUCAUUCACAUUCAAGUCUACUUUAAAAAGACAUAGAUUAAUCCACACAGGAAAGAAACCUUAUGUAUGUGAUGUAUGUAGUAAGUCAUUUGCACAAAAGCAGAAUUUAAUUACUCAUUUGCAUGUCCACACAGGUGAAAAAUAUGGAUGUGAGUCAUGUAAAAAAUCAUUCACACUCAAGUCUUCUUUAAAAAGGCAUAUGUUAAUUCAUACAGGAGAAAAACCUUAUGCAUGUGAUGUAUGCAAUAAAUCCUUUAUACAAAAGCAGAAUCUAAUUGCGCAUUUGCAUAUUCACACAGGAGAAAGAUUUAUAUGUGAUAUAUGUAAUAGUUCAUUUGCACGAAAACAUGAUUUACUGAGACAUAUCCAGAAACACACUGGAGAAAGUCUUCAUGUAUGUGAUAUAUGUAACAAAUCUUUUGGACGAAAACAGUAUUUAAUAGACCAUAUGUAUGAUCAUACAAAUGAUAAACCUUACGUAUGUGACACAUGUCACAAGUCAUUUGCACGAAAGCAUGAUUUUAAAAGACAUUUACAUGCUCAUACAGGUGAGAAAUCUCAUGUAUGUGAUGUUUGUAACAAAUCAUUUAUGCGAAAGGAUGAUCUGAGGAGACAUAUGCUUAUUCAUACAGGAGAGAAACCUCAUGUGUGUCAUAUAUGCAAUAAAUCACUUACAUGGAAGUCAAAUUUAGCACUCCAUAUGUCUAUUCACACAAUGGAGAAACCUUAUAUGUGUGAAUUAUGUAACAAAUCUUUCACACUUAAAUCCACAUUACAAAGACAUAUGUAUAUCCACACAGGAGAGAAACCUCAUGUAUGUGAUGUGUGUAACAAAUCAUUUACACAAAAGCAGAAUUUAGUGCGACAUAUGGAUAUUCACAAAGAAAAGAAACCUGUUGAAGUCAAAAGUUUUUGUGAACGUCAUGUGUGUCAUAUUUGCAAUAAGUCAUUUGCCGGAAAACGCUAUUUAACUGUGCAUUUCCGUCUCCACACAGGAGAGAAACCUCAUGUGUGUGAUGUGUGUAAUAAAUCAUUUGCACGAACACAAGAUUUAGGAAUGCAUAUGCGCAUCCAUACAGAAAAACAAUCUUAUUCACAAUAAGGCAGCAUUCUGUGAUACAUUUAUGUAGUCAUUCAGGAAAGGUUUCUCAUAUAUGUAAUGUGUUUUGUAAAUUAUUUGCAUAAAAAGAUCAUCCUUUCACAUUAA